UUAUUCAAAUCUAAAAAAAUCAAUUCUCGUUUUACUUAUUCCUACUUUUCUUCUCGGACGACUUCGAACAAGAUGAUAAUUGAAAACCAAACGAAACGACUCACGCAACUAAUCAAAGUGGAUGUGAACCGAAUGAUUCCAUUGGAAAAAAUUCACAUGUGGACUAAGUACAUCGCCGACGAAGUGUUCCGUUCGAUUCCAGAUGGCGAUCAUGAUCUUGAUGUUGUGAUCACUAUCGAUUUUUCGGGAAAAUCGGGAAUACGAAGAAAUAUGAAAAAGAUGAUAAUGGAUUCAUUGGAAGAAGAGCUUCUCAGAUGAUUUAUUGAUACAAUCGAAAACUGUGCCAUGGAUUUUGGAAAACGAAUUGUUUCGAAUUAAAUACUU